AUGGAGGUCUGGUUCAUCAUCCUCAUCUCUCUCUCUGCCUGUUUUUACCUAAAAUCACUCUUCAGCUUUUUCUCUUCCUCCAAAACCACCAAGAAGAAUGUUUCCCAAGGUAAUCUCCCGCCGGGACCCCCAACUCUGCCUUUCAUAGGAAAUCUUCAUUUGCUUCCCAAAUCCAUGGUUGAUUUGAGAUCUCUCAUCUAUGAUCUCUCCCACAAGUAUGGCCCGAUUCUCACCGUCUAUCUCGGCUCUGAACCCCUCAUCUUCAUCACCUCCUACACCCUUGCCCACCAAGCCCUUGUUCGACAUGGCGCCACCUUUGCGAGCCGUCCUGCAGUCGUCCCCGUUAGCGUUGUUCUCAGCAACAAGCGCAAAGAUAUCGGUGCAUCCCCCUUUGGCCCAACCUGGAAAGCCCUCCGUCGUAAUCUCAUUUCGGAAGUUCUCCACCCGACUUCGUUGAAAUCUUACUCUGUUGAACGCAAGCGUGUCUUGGACUCAUUGAUCAAGGGCUUCCAUGAAUCUUCCAAGCUCAAUCAGCCCGUCCGUCUGCUCGAUCAUAUCCACCACGCUGUGUUUUCCUUGUUCAUUCGCAUGGCUUUCGGAGAACUCAGCGAGACUCAAAUCAAAGAAGUUGAAGGAACACAAUAUCAACUUCUUGUCGCUUACGAGCAGUUCAGUGUGUUCGGUACCUGGCCUAGACUAGGGAAGUUGCUUCUCAGAAACCGUUGGAAAAGGUACCAACAAUUCUUGAAGAACCAAGAUGAUGUGAUUUUGCCAUUGAUCAGAGCCCGGAAGAAGUUGAGACAAGAGAGAGGCAAGGCAUUCGAACUGAUUUCUUACACAGAUUCCUUACUGGACCUGAAAAUAUCCGGAGAGAAAGGUAAUGUGGAAGAAGAAGAUAUUCUGAGCUUGUGCUCGGAGUUCAUCAAUGCAGGAGCCGACACAAGUACAACGAUGCUGCAGUGGGUUUUGGCAUAUUUAGUGAAACACCCACGAAUUCAAUCCAAACUUUUUGCAGAAAUCAGCGAGGUGGUGGCAAAAGGAGCGAAAGAAGUUGAGGAAGAUGAUUUGCACAAGAUUCCAUAUCUGAAAGCUGUGGUUCUCGAGAGUCUGAGAAUUCACCCUCCAAACACCUCGUUGAUUCCACACACGGUCAUGGAAGAUGUUGAGCUCGGCGGCUACACAAUCCCAAAAGACACGACGGUGAACAUCGUGACAGCACUGAUCGGGAGAGAUCCAAACGUGUGGGAGAAUCCCAUGGAGUUUAGGCCGGAGAGAUUGUUGACUGGUGAAGACAUUGGAGAAGAAGUGUCUGAUGUAACAGCGUUCAAGAUGAUGCCUUUUGGUGCUGGGAGAAGGAUGUGUCCUGGGAACAGACUAGGAUUGCUUCUCCUCCAGUAUCUUGUCUCAAAUCUGGUCUGGAAUUUUGAGUUCAAAACAGUGGAUGGGGAAGGUGUUGAUCUUUCAGAAAAGGAGGAGUUCUUGGUUGUGAUGAAGAAUCCAGUGCGUGCCUAUAUAUCUCCAAGAAUCAAAUAG